AUGUUAGAAAAACAGUGUCAUGUGGUCAGCGCCCAUCCAAGUAGAUUUGCGCCAGAGCGAGGCUUGAAAUGUCCUCUUCUGCUCGAUCCACGAUCCAUCAUGGCGGUGGGAAAAAACAAGAGACUGACCAAAGGAAAAAAGGGUCUUAAAAAGAAAAUGUGAGUGAUCAUAUUUAUCACUGCCAUCCAAGAAGUAUUUCAGCAUCUUUUGAGAACUAUUAUAUGUAACGAAAAUGGGCGGAUGGCAGGAAUUUGUAUAGGAUUCAGCUGGAUGUAUCAUAAGCAACAAGUCAUGUUUCCCGUUGGUUACAGCGAGUAAUAAUCGGCAAUCAUAGAGUUUAUUCCAAAAAUAUUAAAAACUGAUGGGAUAAAAAUCAUGAGAACUUAAAUAAGGGAGCAGCAACAUUUUUCGCAAGUGUGUAUUUGAAUUUCCGUUAAUUUGAUAUUUGUUAUUUUUGUCAAUAGCGUUGAUCCCUUCACCAAGAAAGAUUGGUACGAUGUCAAAGCUCCAUCAAUGUUCACCAUCCGACAGAUCGGCAAAACUAUGGUGACCAGAACAGCUGGAACCAGUGAGUAUUUUCUUUAUUUUCAUUUUUUUUUGCAUGCACUUGCUCUCCAUCUAUUAGAUCUACACCAUGAUUCUAAGCAAGAGGGGGUAAAGCCAAACAAACAAAACAAAACAACAAAUUUUAUUGGAAAUUGGAAAAUAACUAAUUACAUUACUUUCCCACCCGCAAAUAGCUUAUGGACUAAUCUAGGCGGGGGGAGCUGAAGACAUAUUACAAAACAAGAUUUAUAUAUAGAUGGACUAAAUAACAGUGAAGACACUUCAAUACAGUAAAUAGAAUUUAAACUAACAUAAAACAAGGCAUGUACAUAACUAUUACGAAGAGGGGCUAACCUAAAGUAUUAAAUAACUUAAUAAGACGGGAGACUUCGACAUAAUCAUCUCCUGACCGCAAAAAAUUUAGUAAUAAUUCCUUUAUUUUUUUUCGAAAGCACGAACGUUUAAGUAUUUUAAUCGAAUAAGGAAUAGAGUUCCAAAUCUGGGCACCGAUUCUUCUGAUGUACCGAACCUAAUGCAUAAAUUCUUAUAACAUAUCUUGUGAGCAGUUUGACCGAAAUGAUCGUUUUCUUUCCUUCUGAAUUUAGUUCGGCUGGAAUUACCGGUAUGAUCGGCGUCUGAAUCAAUUCAGCCGGUCUAAAUAAUUUGGGUUGGCCUUAAUUUGAAUUAGGUUCGGCUCAUGAAAAGUUCAGCAUCUGAACCAGGCCUAACUGUUGGUUAUCCUGCUGUUGUUAAGCAGCCGGAUCUCGAAAAUUUACAGUGCAAAUUUUUACGGAGGAAAAAUGUCUUACAACCCUCUCCAUGCAACCGAAUUUAAGAAAGAGAAGCGAUAAGUGUUGGUCAGUGUGGAUUGAUGGGAUUAAGGUUUCUGGAUAACCCCUUAGAUUUAUUAUGGAUACAUGUUUCGACUCUAUUCAUUUAACUGUUGGCGAGAAAAAGUGUUAAAUGCUGCAUGCAUGUUUAUUUAAAUGCAUAGGGUUUUUACAGAAAUCCUACUAAGAUGAGGUAUUAUAAAAGUAGGUUGAGUUUGAUCGUACGGUGAACGUAGUCCUGAAUAGGACUGUUGUUGUUGACAGUGACUUACGUUUCGACCACCUGUGCAGUAGUCAUCAUCAGAGUAGUGAGUUGUGUCACAUCAGUUGAUGGUAUUAUGCUCUGGUUAUUGGUCUGAUUGGUCAAUUACGUUGCGAUGUUAUUGGUCGUCUGUCAGUUAAGCCGUGAUGUUCUUGGCUAUGAAGACUCGUAAUCAGUAAUUGGUGCAUUUUGAUCUGUCUAUUGUGACAGUCAAACAGUCGUCUAUUGAUAGUCAAAUUGUCAAUUCUCCAGUCGUUCUGUUGUAGUUAGUGUUGCUUGAUCUCGUCAAUUAGUUGUUUGUACGGCGCUGGUAACUGUUGGCUACGAUUCAGUGGCGUUUGUUCUAAGUUAGUAAACCAGCUUUCUAAAGUAAGACAUUGAUAGUAGUCUGUAGAAUACGUUAUACCUGUCGCAGAGUCCCAGUCAAUUUGAUGUUUCGUGUGUAAAUGGUGCUCAGCAAUGUGAUUAUUGACGUCACCAUUCCUCGUCGCUCGUUUAUCAAUUAUGUUUGGUCACUGUAAGAAGCCUGGCACUCACAGCAUUUGAUCUUAUAUUCUGCCACCUGUCCGUCCUCCGGUUUGUCUUUGUCCUUGACACUAGUAAGCAGUCACUGUAAAGUGGUUAUCGGUUUGUGUGUAAAGUAGCAAAACUUCCUCGACUAUCAAGGAGCAGCAAUCAGUUUUAUCCUAUUACUUUGACCGUGGUUAAUUUAAUAUUACUAGUAAUUAUUAAAGUUCAGGGAUUGCAUGAGAAAGUGAUGGAAAGUCAAAGCACUCUUUCUCCAGUGCUGUGCAUUGCAUACAGUACCACCCAAAAGUAACUUACCAGUCGCGUCUCGUUUCCUGUGCGAUAAGUAUCGCGUAGCACGAGAAUCAUUGAAGCAGCAAUUUUUGGCAUAAAUUAUUGAUGGCACAUCCAGCGAGAAACAAACUAAAAAUUUCGCUUAGCAUUACCUUGAAGACCGAGGAAAACGGGUGUUAGAUUUUGCAUUAAGUUUCUUUCAAGAAACUUUCUUUUAACUUGUCAUUAGCACACUGUUUAGUUUUCGGAUUUGUUAGCAAUUGACAUUUGGCACUGAAUUUGAUCAUGACAUUUCGUUCGCCAAAAUGGGAAAACCACUUCUAGUUUCCUUGAUUUUUUGAUUGAAAAAAAACCAACAUGAGAAGAACCAGAUAUACUGCAAAUCGCCAGUGAUGAGUUUCUCCUCUAAAAAAAUUUCUCAGCCCUUUUGGUGUAUGUAGUUAUCAUUCGUGCGUAACGGCUGCUUUUGCAAACGAGAUAUCAACAACAUUGGUAAAUAUUUAACUCGGUGUACAAUCACGAAAUAAUGUUAGCUUAAUUUGUUCUUUAUAGCUUUUUUUAUACAGUCACUACUUGAUAUAUGAAAGAAAGUUGUCUUGAAUUUAACAAAUUACAGCGGCCAAUAAGGAAACAGUGCAUUUGCUGGACUGCAUUUUUUGCGUGACAGCACAUUGCAAAUGUGCAUAGUGUCAGAAAAAUGGUAAUUUGAAACCUACUUCUCAGGUACUGUAUUUGUGACCCUCCAUAGGAAAAGGGGGCUUAAGUAUUUUGAAUAAACGCCUUAAACGCAGUGUUUAAAACAAAAAUAAACGGGUUUUAAACGGUUUGAAACCCGUUUCAAACAUUUUGAAACGCCUUUGACUUGACAGGGUUUCAAACGAGGCAAAUGCGUUUCUGGCGUUUGAAAUGCUGGAUUAACAUGCGUAUACUUACUGAAUUCGAGGUCCACAUGGGUUCUUGCUUUAUGAAUUCAUUCAAUGUGUUUGCAGAAUGCAGGUGAUGCAAUGCAAUAAAUUAGACUUUAUUUCAAUUCGAAUUAAAUAUAGCAAAUACGUGCUAAUAUCUCUGUGAUAUCAAACAGGUACCAGAAACUGCUUUGAUGAGUCUGAGUGCAUUUGCUUUACUUAGUAUUGUUCUAUUUUACAUAGUAAACAUUGCUAAAAGUCUCGGUAGUACUAAGGUACCGCAUAAAACCUUAUGUAUUCGCAAAAUCAUUACCUUCUUAACAUGGCGGCGCUCUUUUGUCGGAAGGGUGCUGUCAACAAAGACAUGUGCGAGAAACUAUGAAAGGCUGCCACGGCCGCCAAAACCGAACAGCAAAACCAAAAGCCACGAAUAUCACUACCUUCACAUUUUGCAUGAUCGAAGAGUACAGUGUUCCAUUAUUAUUACCCCCAUUACACGAGCAAUUCUCUUUGCAGAUGAAUAGAUAUGUUUCCUAAAGCCUCAUAACCAAACAGGGAUCAUCCCUGGCUUCCUCGCGAGCUUGUUCUUGCCUUUGCUAUCGGUUGAUAUUUUUACACAGUCAUUUAAAAAGAUAAUGCCUUUGAAAAUGAAUCUGCACCAAGUAUUUGUCAUGAAUUUUUGCACUACUGUCGCGACUUUGUUUCUUUAGUCAUGCGCACCCUGGUUAAGUUAGUGAUGUAAUUUGUGGUUUUACAUUUUACGUCCAUAUAUGGGCAUUAAGUUUUUCCGACUAAGAGUGAUGAUACAGAAAAGCGGGCAACAAAAUGCAACUACAGUUGACUCCCGAUAACUCGAACCCUGGCUAAAUCGAACCUCGCGCUAACUCGAACCAAAAUCGAUUUCCCCUGGAUUUCCGUCAUACAUUCACUGUAAUUUUAUCCUCGGUAACUCGAACCCUCGAUAACUCGAACUCCUGCUAACUCAAACCAAUUUUCGUUUCCCCUCAGGUCAUUUUCUACAUAAUUGUACCCUCAAUAACUCGAACCAUGUUUUGAGCCCUUAAAAAGUCGGGAAAAAAGCUGUCUACGGGCGUCCAAAACAUUCAAUUUUGGAUUUCCUAUUGACGAGUUGUAGGAGUAUAGUUUACUAGUGGGGGCUGAUGUUGAUUAUCACAGGCUAACGUGAAGCAGCUUUUCUUCUCAAAACAGUAAAGCUCAUGCUCUAUGUUUUGUUACGUUACGUUCUGAUUUAUAAUCUAGAAGUAUCUUUUAAUUUUCACUCGACAUUUGUACAAUUAAAAGUGAUUAAAAUAUUCGCUGAGCAGUAAAAACUGUUUUUUACCUUAAUCUCGGCUGUUUUCUUCGAACCUGCGAUAACUCGAACUCCCGAUAACUCGAACCUUUUUUCGAUUUCCCUUGAAGGUUCGAGUUAUCUGGAGUCGACUGCAGUGUUUUGCAACAUUGGUGCAAAAUGAGUGGAUUGAAACCAGCGGUGAUUGAAUCUGACAUCAACCUUUUGUCCCGCAAGUAGCAGCUCAGGACUCUCCGGUUUUAAACAUCGUCAUUUAAACGACUGUACGCUGCCUUUCCAACCAUCUUCUGUGAACCAGCAAAUUGUGACUUUAUCGUUUACAGACAUUGACGCGAAUAAUGAGCUCUUAUAGUUCGCGCAAUGACAGGAAACUAGAGGUCCAACUUUGUUUUUGAGAGAACUGAUAACUCGGGUGAGGAAGACUGGGAAGGUAGACUGGGUCAGAGAGGUGUUGUGUUACAAUGGUGACCAUUUUUUGUAGCUCGAUAAAAAUCGUUUGAUCGUGUGAGUGUACUGACACUCACACAAUCAAACGUUGCAAUCUGCUCUCUGCGAUUUUGUUUACCGAUUUGUUUUAAAUAAUAGAAAGCCCACACAAACGAAAACAAAACACAAUGUAAGAAUAAAGUUAACAGUUGCGACUCAUAUGGCAACAUGGAUCAUUUACAGUUAAUUGGAUUCAACCUUCAGAGAAACAUAAUUUCUUGAGCUCUUUUGGAACAAAAAGGUGAGAUAAGUAUACGAUAAAAGGUCGCACAAAUGUAUUUCAUAUGUGCAUAUGUUGUAUAAUUUUGCUUCAACACAUAGAAGUAAUCUCAUGACUAAUCUGGGAAACAUGUUUUUUACGGUUAUUACACUGUUUGCGUGGUGUACAGCUGAUGUAUACCGAUUUCACAUCAAACAACAGGAAUAUUUUUGCUUUAUUGUAGAAUUGUAUCAUUAAGUUGAUUUCUUUUAUUUUGAUUUUGAUUUUGGCCUCAACUUCAUUGUUAAAGCUACUAUUUUUGUUUUCAAAAACUGUAACCAUUCGUGACUUUUGUUGAAUAAUUAUGUUUGUACCUGAAAUAAAUUUUAGCUGUUGACAGCUAUACAAAAGGUCUGGUGUUUGAAACACAUGCAAACGCAUUUUGUUGCAUUUUAAACACCUAGUGUUUGAAACAAUUUGAAACUGUUUGAAACCUUUUUGAAACUGUUUGAAACGGGUUUCAAACGCGUUUCAAACAUAAACGCCCUUGAAACGCUUUGAGUUAAGCCCCCUUUUUCCUUGGAUGGUCACAUUUGCAUACUACCCUAAAGUGAAAAGAUACGCUUUUCUGCGCUUCGAUAAACUCACUGGCUUAAACUUUAAAGCUGUUCUAUGAACUGAUAGGUUUUUAAAUAUCCAACGUAAAUUUUUUCCAUCCGUUUGUCCAAAAGAAGCCAAAAGCUAUGACAGUGCUUUUGGAAGCGUUGCCGAUCGGUCUAUGAUUCAUUAUUCAGCUUGAAACGUUUAACGAAACCUGCAGGCAGUUACAAGUAAAGCUAUCAUCUCAAAGUUUUUUAAAACAGGUAGUUUUCAAGGUAGUGCAGUGGUUAUAAAGAGACUUUAUUAAAAGCCUGUUUUACGCAAAUAUGGAAAUGCCGAUCCUUCAAACAGGGUACAGGUCGGAGAGGUAAAAAUUUAUUUGCACGUUGGUCACGUUAAAGCUUUGCUAUUGGUUCGUUAAAUCCCUUAAGAAUUUUGGCGGUGAUACUUGAAGUUUUUAGGCCAUCUCGUGCCACAAGAAUCGAAUUCUGCACUACAGGAAUCGCGUACAUGCUACAAGAAUAGCUUAACUUGCAACGCAAGAGGGUGGUAACUUACUUUUGAGCAGUUUGGUGUGAUAAAGGCUCGAAAUGCAUGUGAUCAGAUUACAAGUGAUAGAGGAUCCAAUGUGCAUUGUGGAAGUCCCGAUCAAAGCUGGCUACAUACUUGCUGUGCAUGCAAAAUAGCAACCUGUAGAUUAGGAUUGCAGGCUCCUCUGGUCGCCUGCCAUUAUACACUGUCCACUUAGUCCUAAUUUCAUUCCAAUCUCUUGACUUCUCACAGAAAUUGCUUCUGAUGGUCUCAAGGGACGUGUGUUUGAGGUAUCACUAGCUGACCUUCAGAACGAUGAGGUUGCAUUCAGGAAGUUUAAACUCAUUUGUGAGGAUGUCCAGGGUAAGAACUGCCUCACCAACUUCCAUGGUAUGGAUAUGACCACAGACAAGCUCAGGUCACUUGUCAAAAAGUGGCAGGUUAGUGAAUCACCAGCAUGCUUUUAGUUUACAAAGCUUUAUCAUAAAACUAUAAGAGUACAUGUAAAUGUGACCUCUCACUUAAAACUAUUCCUUAUGAUAUCUCUUCAAACCGCUAACAUCAUGUAAAUGCUCUUCCAUCAGACUCUUAUCGAAGCAGCUGUAGAUGUCAAAACCACUGAUGGCUAUCUGCUGAGGCUGUUCUGUAUUGGUUUCACGAAAAAACGUCAAAACCAGAUCAAGAAGACAGCUUAUGCCAAGCACUCACAGGUGAAAGCCAUCCGUAAAAAGAUGGUGGACAUUAUCACACGCGACGUCAACACUGGUGACCUAAAAGAUGCUGUCAACAAGCUGUAAGUAUUGAGAAAAUCUGUGAUGGGAUUUUAAUGUUGGUCUUACAUGAACAUGUGACCCACCUGUUUCAAGGCAACAAAAUGUUUUUUUUUUUUAAUUGAGUGGAUUAAAUCAAUUUACCACCAUAGAAAUAAUGAAAAGCAUAAGUUCUUUUGUCAGAGGAAUACACUCCUGCAAGGAAGGGCUAAUGCUCAAAACAUGAGGUUUUCAUUCUGUUUAUGGUGGUAAAAUUGACAUAAAGGAGCUGCAUCACGAAGUUUUUCAAGAGUCUAACUCUAGGAACUGCCACCAAACUGAGUGAAACAAAAAUAAUCACUCAAAAAUUAAGUGAAAGUAUUACUAGCAACUGGGAGUUCUUUUUAGACAAAAAGCUUUUAGCAUUAAGUUCCAUAGCGCCUAAGGAAUCAUAAUUGGCAACAGUUACAAAAUGAACUAGACAGCCAUGACACAGCCCUCUUAAAUUUUUAAUGUAGUUGAAAAACCAUUUUUUAAAAUUUUCCUUGUACAGCCUAACCUCCCAUAAGCAACCACCCAAAAUGCCAAGAGUUAGUGGUUGCUUAUGGGAGGUUGUCGCUUACAAGAAUCAAACCACUGGGGACCCCUUCCGAGAAGAGGUCUGGGCACAUCUACUGUGUGGAAGAUAAUUAUUUAUUGCAUGCGAUUUCUAAGAUACGCCAUGUGUAGUUCCAUGUUGUUACUAAAGUUCUUCAUAAUUAUAUUCAAAGAAGCAUAGUGCACAUAGCACAUAGAGAUCAGAGAAUGCGUCAAGUGGAGAGGUUACAAACAGUAUAAAAUCAUUAAACUUUCAGGCCCAAAAAGUGGUCGCAGUUGCUUACAGGAGGUGGUCGUUUACUAGAGUUUCCAACUGUAAGGCUUUGACUGGGAAAGUUUUGGUGUUUUGGAUGGGUGGUCGCUUAUGGGAGGUGGUUGCUUACGAGAGGGGGUCGUGCAUGGAGGAUGGACUCUAAGAUUUGACUGAUAUUGUGAGGCAACAUAAUGUUAAAGAUCAAAAUGCAUGCUCCAGCUUUUUCUUUGCCACAAUGUAUAUGGUAUCAUCAGUAUUUUUUCACACCACAUAGUAGCUUGUUAUUGACUGUAUUUUAUUGAUAGGAUCCCAGAUGCUUUUGGUCGUGACAUUGAGAAGGCAUGCCAGUCCAUCUACCCUCUUCAUGACGUUUUUAUCAGGAAGGUGAAGGUUCUCAAGAAACCCAAAUUUGAUCGUAAGUUGAAGUCGCACUAAUUGGUACAGAAAAAUAUGGUUUUAUCAACUUACAGUUAUUUAUGCAGUUACAAAUUAAAAUAUACAGUGUAGUGCUAGUAGUCUGCGGUCGGUCGGUAUGCGCGUGCACGGUUGUUCGCUACAUGAACAUCCUUCGUGUGAUUCAACGGUGGGUGUAGUCUCCAUUGUGUAGCGUUGUAGCGUUGUUGCCUUUAUUGCUGUGAUUACCCACUGAACAACUCGCCCUCAUUUUUGCCUGGUUUGUCCCUAGUACUAGGAUUGUCACAAAGGCAGUUUACAUUAUGCUAGGUUCUUGUUAGUCCUAGGAUUUGGCCGGGAUCUCCCUACCUCUCCGCUCGGAAGAUCCUAGCACUCGGAAGAUCCUAGGUCUAGGGACAAGCGCAACCCUUUGCAUGUAAACUGAAUACAGAAAACAUAUGGUGCUAGGAUGAUCCGCCUUCUAGCAUCUUACUUGUGCUAGGAUCUUCCCCCUUUCAUGUAAGCUGUCCCUUAGUAUGGGGAAGAUCUCGUUCUCCUAGGCGACCUCAUCUUAGUUGACAAACGGACACUAAGUACUGGUCCCAAAGGUGUAUGCUGUAGAGAGAGUUGAUUGUAGACGGGGUUGCCACGGUCAGGGAAAAGUCAGAGAAAGACGAAAAGUUUUCAAGGCCAGGGAAAAGUCAGGGAAAAAAGAAAAUUUUUUCGAGGUCAAGGAAAAGUCAGAGAAUUUUUAAAAAGUCAGGGAAAAUCUUUGAUAUUGUCAAAGUCAGUGAAAAGUGAGGGAAUUCUGUUAUCCGGUUUAUAGUUCAUAAGUUUUCGUCAAGAUCUUGAAAUACAUUUUCUGUCAGAAAAGAUGAAAACUGUGCUGCGAAGGAAGGAAAGUGUGGAAACUCUACAUGGUGCACGCCUGACACAUGUAGUAGUUGUGAUCAGUGUUUUUCCUUCUGGACGCUUUCUUCCAAAUUCCUUCUUCCUCCCUCUGCGAAAAGCAGAAAGAGGUUGAAAAUAAAGAGAAAAAAAUUGGUGACCUGCAAAAAGACCUAAGGCGAAUGUAAACAUGAAUUGUUUCUAAUUAGUAAAAGUUCAGUGAAAACUGGUUAAAGGUCAGUGAAAAGUCAGGGAAUUUGUAACUUUCUGAUGAGUGGCAACCCUGUAGACUACUUACAUUGAUUUUGUGCGAGAUCUAAUGCCGCGUGCUUUGCUCUAUUUGUGCAGUCGGCAAGUUGAUGGAGAUGCACGGUGAAGGGGCAGCCCACAGUAGCACAGAUGAAACUGGUGCCAAGAUUGAUAGAGACAGCUUCGAGCCCCCUGUUCAAGAAUCUGUGUAA